AUCCCCUGUCGCCCGGGGGCCACAUGAGUUGUCAGUCCGCCCCUGGUCACCCCACACCGUGAUCACCGAAGACUUAGCAGAUAUAUUUGAACCCUAUUUUACUGAGUGGUCAAAACUCGCUCAAUGGUAUUGAAUAUCAUCAAUCGCAGCUCCUUCCACACCAUAGGAUGUAACUCCUUAUAUGUUGGAUCCGGACACUUUCACCCCCUUCCAGUCCGGACACUUUCCCCCCCUUCCUGCCCAGGCCAAUUAUCAGCUUUCAGAGCUGUCACACUUUGAAGGAAAAUUGCGCGUC